AUGGAAAUCAGAAACAUUGCUUUUCAACUGAUGACGGGAAGAACACGAAUGACUCAACUAGAUGAUGCAUUUACUCUUCAAGAUUUCAUAAAAGUUAUUGUCGAAAAAGUCGGAAAGGGUUAUAGCAAUAUUGUUCAAAGAAUGUUUGGUGGCAGUACAAUUGACUCUUUAAUGAAUCGGAUUCAAGCUCAACUACCUUCUGAAAUGAAAAAAAAACUACCAAAACGUGAAGCUGAGUGCAUGAUUUGUAUGGAUAUGGAGCCAGUUAUAACUGUUGAUUACCAAUUAAAAUGUAUCGUUUGUGAUAAGCCUGUAAAUCAUAAGAAACUUUUCGUAUCAGAUUCAUUUCUUAGUUUACUAAAUGAACUUUACAAUGUACGAAGACAAUUAGACAACAUUGAUUGUCAACGUUAUGUUAUGUCUGCGGCACAUACACCGACACUCCAUUCAUCAGAUGAUUAA